AUGGCGACGAGUAGAACUCUCCAGCAGCAGCAGCAGAUUGAGGAGCUCUGUGUCCAGAUGGAGAAGACGGUGUCGCUGUUGAGGAACAAAACCAAAACACCACCAUUAGCAAUAGCAGCAGCCGCACUCACAGAGAUCGUGGAACAAGUCGAUGAUGAUCAGGCCCUGCCGCCGGCGCCAGGGAUCUCCGAGCACAUGAUCUCACGCCUGCGUUCCCACAUGUCCGACCUCGAAUCAGCACUCCUCCUUCUCCCCAACAACAAGCUCGCCGGGCCUGAUCAUGCAUCGGACUCACAAUCGGAGGAUGAUGAUGACGAGGAGUAUCAGGGCCAAAUAAGCUGGGAGGAGCUGUUGGCUGCCCAGAGACGUCGGAUUUCCCAGGAAUAUGAGGAGCAGCUGAUCCGCGACACGCUGCCAUUGAUUCCUUACCAACAAGAGUACAACUACUUGGAGAGGGAGGAGGAGCUGGAGUCGACGAGAUCAGCCAAGGAGCAGAUUGCAAUGGAGGAGAAGAUCUUCGCCGGCUACCGUCAGGGCACGGAACAACUUUUAAGCCUCCACGCCUCCUUCGAUGACACGACCAGACUGAGUCCCAUGCACUGCACGCACUGCACGCCCGGGGUACACAUCCUUUACCCUCGGGCUACCACCGGGACAAGCCUGCAGAUCUUCACCUUCAAGAUCGACGAGAUCAAAUGCGACCUGGAAUGGCCGCUCCGUGUGUACGGCGUGGUCAAUGCCCGGGACAACGUGGAUCGCAACCGCAACAUUCUCUUCUCUCGGACGAGGGAUCACUGCCAAGAACUCACCCAAGAUGAUCCCUAUUUGCGCUUGACUGGCCCGUCCCGGGGAAUUCUGGCUGAGGGCCCUCUUGAGUUCGAAGUCCAGCUAAGAGUGAAGGGCAUAACAGAGUCUCGAGACAGAGCCUUGAUCACUCAAAGAUACCAUUACGCCGGUACUCUACUCCGUACUCUUACCUUUGACAACUGCCUUUGUACAGCCCAGUUAAGCUUGGAGCAGGUUAGAAAUUCAGUACAGGCUACUAUUCUGGGUGUGCGCAUUGUUGAGGGAUCAGGUCCAUACACUUUCAAAUAUGGAGGCCCAGUCGCGUGCUCCUUGCCAACUCAUGAAGUUGUGAUCCUAGAUAGUCAAGGAGCCGUUCUAGAUGUUACUGAUCCGCCAUCCACGCAAGUUGUCCUGCUUGAUUCUCGUCAUAGUGAUGGUGGAGAACUGCCAAUGGGCGUGGAUGGUUACCUUGAUCUGUCGAGGCGUGUCGUUUCUGUCGAAUUACAUCGAAACCAUGUUUAUUAUCCAGAAAAAUCAGAAGGAAGCCUGAAAGUUGUCGUACAAGCCUACUCGGAGUCUAGUGAUAUUGCCGCACAAGGCCAUGUCAAGUUUAGGCCCAAACUUUGCAACAUAAGUCAAGCUGUAUGUGACGUUGGCGACUCUAAGGUGGAGAUCACAGUUGCUUGGUCAGUCUUGUGGUCUUUUUAGGGAUAUAUGGAUGGUGCUCACGCAUGAAUCUUAUGGACUAUUAUGAUAUCCUGUUUUACCACUGGUUUGUUUGUUCAAAGUAUUUGUGUACCGACCAGCUAUGUGAAUGUCCGACUAUUUGUGUAUCGAUCAGCUAUGUUAGAUUUUAAACUUUUCAUGAAUCGAGUGUAAUUUAUAAGACAUUCUGUGAGAUAUUCUGGUUUUGUUUUCUGCUAUAACUUGUAUGUUAUGCUGUGUGAAGUAU